AUGCUAUUGAGAUCUGUAAUAUUGGACGAUAUGUGCAUGAAUGUUUAUAAUUUACAUCUACCAGAGAUUGGUGUAGUAGCUUCGAUAUCGACGGAUCCGCUCUCGGUCGGCGCACGAGCCGCGGCGGAUCGGGGGCCGCGGGCUCGAGUUGACGUCAUGCUCAUCGCUUUCAACCAAUCAGCCAACCUGUCUGACCUGGCGCUCGGCCCCGACCUUCCAGCCAGCCCUUUUAGCCUCGCCCAGAAAAUCGUCAUCGCAAUCAUCGCCAGCGUCCUCUCAGUUCUCACCGUUGUUGGCAACUCUAUGGUCAUGAUAAGCUUCAAAAUAGACAAACAACUCCAAACGAUAAGCAACUACUUCCUAUUCUCCUUGGCCGUCGCAGAUUUCGCCGUCGGCUUGAUAUCUAUGCCGCUGUUCGCCAUGUUCACCAUAUACGGUUAUUGGCCACUCGGGCCGCAUGUGUGCGACACCUGGCUAGCGUUGGAUUAUUUAGCUUCCAACGCGUCGGUACUCAAUCUCCUAAUUAUAAGUUUUGAUAGGUAUUUUAGUGUGACACGCCCGUUAACGUAUAGGGCUAAGAGGACUACACGUCGUGCGACAGUCAUGAUCGGUGGAGCGUGGGGGUUCAGUUUAGUUUUGUGGCCCCCUUGGAUUUACGCGUGGCCGUAUAUAGACGGCGAGAGGAAAGUGCCCCCUCACGAGUGCUAUAUCCAGUUCAUAGAGACUAAUCAGUUUAUUACUUUCGGGACGGCCAUUGCUGCGUUUUAUGUGCCAGUGACAGUUAUGUGUAUAUUAUACUACAAGAUAUGGAGGGAAACGAAGAAAAGGCAGAAGGAUCUGCCUAAUCUUCAAGGAGGGAAGAAGCACGAUUCGUCUAAAAGAUCUAAUUCAAGUGACGAGACACGAGAAGUGGAUGGAAGAGCGAGAUCAGAAUCUGGGGAUGCUGAUUCCGUGUACCAUGUUCGAGGAGCCUUGACAGACACCCGUUGGAGAGAAAACCAGACUGCAUCGUCUCGUCGUCAGAAGCGCGGUUGGGCGGCUGUCAGGGCGUGGUGUGUCGCGUGGUGGCACUCGGGGAGAGAAGAUCUGGAAGAUACAGAGCCUGAAGAGGAACCAUCUGACCCUGGUUAUGCUACUCCAGUGUCUGUGGAAACACCACUACAGAGCUCAGUGUCCAGAUGCACUUCGCUAAAUGUCAUCAGGGACCCAUACGCAGGGCGUGGUGGUUCAGGAGGCUCGAGUGUUGCAGACGGAGGGACAUCCCCUCUUCGCCGCAACUAUGACCCACCUGUGCCAAUACCCGCGGCGCGGGACAGCCGGUCGUUGCCCCCAAAUACUAAAAUAAAUGCUACUACCUCGCCAGCACCAAAAUCUGCAUCUGCAGAUUCUGUUUACACAAUUCUCAUUCGAUUACCUGACGCUGAUACAGAGCGACCUAGUAUAAAAAUGAUCACCGAAGAAUCUCCCCCAGCAAACACUAGACCACAUUACCGACCAGCCAGAGGGGACUCUGAGCUGAAUCUGCAUCCAGCAGCCCACCCAGCUUUAACGAGGCGGACGUCGCAUAUACAGGAUGUUCGAAUUCCUCUAAACGCAAAAAUAAUUCCUAAGCAAUUAGCAAGCAAAGGCAUCACAUCGAAACAGCCAAAGAAAAAGAAAACUCAGGAGAAAAAGCAGGAAACGAAAGCGGCGAAAACUCUUUCCGCCAUCCUCCUAUCUUUCAUCAUCACUUGGUUGCCUUACAAUAUCCUCGUGUUGUUGAAACCUCUCACAGCUUGCGCCAGAUGCAUUCCAGACGAGUUGUGGUCAUUUUUUUAUGCUCUAUGUUACAUAAACUCAACUAUAAACCCUGUUUGCUACGCUCUAUGCAAUGCGACGUUCAGGAGAACGUAUGUUAGGAUUUUAACCUGUAAGUGGCAUAACAGAAAUAGAGAAGCUAUGACUAGAGGAGUGUACAAU